AAGACAAGAGAGAGAACCCCAGCGUGGACUAGAUUCUCGUCAUUGUUCAUCCACGGUGAAGGAUAAAAACUGAAAACUCCAAAAUCGCUUAGGUGUCAUCUCAUCAUUGGUUUGUUAAAAAUUAAACAAUAAAAAUAAAAUAAAAUUGCACAUAAGAGGCAAAUUUUGCCUAUAGUAAAUUGAUCCAUAUAUAUAAUAGCACUACUACUGCUACUUUUCAAUUUCAACAGCAUCAACAGAAGAAACACCAGAAACCGAUUUGAGCCUUGAAAUCAAAAAGGGUCUUCGUCGGUCUCAAAACCCAAACCCUAAUUUGAGUCCGAAACGAAACGAUUAUGGCGUCAGAGAACGCUUCUCGAUCGAGUUCUGCGGCGGAUUCAUACAUUGGAAGCUUAAUUAGCUUGACCUCCAAGAGUGAGAUUAGAUACGAAGGAAUUCUCUACAACAUCAACACCGAAGAAUCCAGUAUUGGUCUAAGAAACGUGCGAUCUUUUGGAACAGAAGGAAGGAAAAAGGAUGGUCCACAAAUUCCGCAAGGUGACAAGGUUUAUGAGUAUAUACUUUUCCGUGGGACUGACAUCAAGGAUUUACAGGUUAAAUCUUCUCCUCCUGUCCAGCCUUCUCCACAAGUCAACAAUGACCCAGCUAUUAUCCAGUCUCAUUAUCCUCACCCAGUCGCCACUUCUACAAGUUUGCCUUCUGGUGUGAGUGGGUCUUUCACUGACCCCAAUUCUCACACUACACAGCUCGGACUUCCUGGUUCAAGUUUUCAAGGUCCCUUACCAUUGUAUCAACCUGGAGGGAGCAUAGGGCCAUGGGGAGCUUCUCCGCCUGCUCCAAACGCAAAUGGUGGUGGGCUUGCUAUGCCAAUGUAUUGGCAAGGAUAUUAUGGUGCCCCCCCAAAUGGGCUUCCUCAUUUACACCAACAAUCUUUGCUUCGACCGCCGCCUGGUUUAUCAAUGCCGCAGUAUCCCAAUUAUAGUCUAUCUUUACCGACUGUAUCUUCUAAUUUGCCGGAACUGCCAUCAUCAUUGCUACCUUUGAGUACAAGUACUUCUUCUAGUGUAACAUCUGCUUCUGUACCUCUAUCAAAUUUUCCUCCAGCACCGUCUGGUUUAUCUCCCGCCCCUUCUUCCCUGUCUCCUGCACCUUCUGCCCUGUCUCCUGCACCUUCUGCCCUGUCUCCUGCACCUUCUGCUUUGAUUCCUGAUCCUUCUGCUACACUAGAUUCUGAAAAUUUUCCUGUUUCAGUAACAAGCAAAGCACCCAUUAUUUCUACUUCAACAGUAGCACUAGCUGCUAGCUUACCAUCCAUGACUCCAUUGACCAAUUCUGGUCCAGGUAUAAAUGCUUUAGUGCAACCAAUAUCCAGCAAUAUAAACGCUGUUUCAAAUUCAAGUUUGCCAUAUCAAACUAUAUCCCAGUUUUCACCUGCAACUGUUGGAUCAUCAAACUCUGUCCAUACGGAGACACCAGCCCCCACUCUUGUAACCCCAGGUCAAUUAUGGCAGUCUGGACCAACUGUAGUUUCUUCUGCUCAGUCUUCACAAACACCUCACAAGGAUGUUGAAGUUGUUCAAGUAUCAUCCACAUCUCCUGAGAAACCUCUGACAGUUUCUACUGAAACUAAACCACCAAUACUGCCAUUGCCAGUGACUUCUGGUCCCAGUCACAGGCCUGUCAGAGGUCCUGUGCAAACUCAUCAUCAUGGCUAUAGCUACAGAGGACGUGGAAUAGGAAGAGGAAGAGGACCUGUGGGUUUUCGCCCAGUCGCAAAAUUCACUGAGGAUUUUGAUUUCAUGGCAAUGAAUGAAAAGUUCAAAAAAGAUGAAGUAUGGGGUCAUCUUGGUAAAAUCUCAAAAGAUAAAGAUGUGGAAGAAAAUGACUUUGAUGAGGAUUACGGUCAAGAUGAAGAUAAUGCUGACUUAUCAAAUGUUGAGGCUAAGGUUGUUUAUAACAAGGAUGAUUUCUUCGACUCGCUCUCGUCCAGUGCGCUUGAUAAUGCUUCACAGAAUGGAAGAACUAGAUAUUCUGAACAAAUUAAAAUUGACACCGAGACGUUUGGUGAUUUUGCGAGGUAUCGGGGUGGUCGGGGUGGCCGUGGUGGACGUAAUCGAGGUGGUUAUUAUGGAAGAGGAGGAGGGUAUGGCUAUUCUGGAAGAGGAAGGGGGGGAUAUGGCAUGCCCCAUCGCAAUUCUUAGGUUGCAGUUAGGUUUUAUCAAGAGAACAAGAACUGAGGCAACCUCUCAUGAAACAGUUGGAGGACAUGCCCUUGUUGUGUUUGAUGUUUCAUUUUCAUAAAAUAAGUUUGACUUUUUUUUAUCAUGCGGUACUUACCGGUUACUACCUUGUUACUCUAAAUGGACAUAGUUUGGUGAAAAGGUGUUUGUACUUUGUACACCAUUUUAUUUUAUUUUAGUGUACACCAAUGGUGCAGGAAUUUAGAGUGAUGUAUUACUGAAUUUUAUGUAUGCAGAACAAUAAGUCAAUCGUACAUUGCUGACAUGUUUAUUAGUA